AAACGGUUAUUCUAAUCAAGAUCAAGAUGAUCUACGUUCAGGCUUUGCUUUUGCUAGUCCCAUUUCUUUUAAAUAAAACGGUCGCCAAUGCAACCAAAUAUCGUCUACCGGAUAGUACGUUUCCAUCUCAUUACGUUCUUCGAAUCGAGAUGAACACAGACCUUGGAUCAUCGGACAACUACACCGGACAGGUCACCAUAACCAUCGUCGUUCAUUACCCAACGGAUUUGAUUGUCUUGCACGCGGCCGAGAACUUAGAAAUCAAACAAAUUAUUCUUCAGGCGCUCGAAUCUGGCGAGUCGGUCGAAGUGCGAUCCAAGGAACGUGAAACCGAGACGCAGUUCCUCAAAAUCUACACCGAACAGAUGUUGAACCAGAGCGAGCAGUACCAACUGACGAUCAGUUUCGGUGGCCAUAUGCAGCGUAAUCGCACGGGGUUCUUCCUGGAAGAGUACCAGAAGGGAGAGUUCUACGCAGUGACAGUCUUCGAACCGAUUUACGCCCGCAAAGCGUUCCCGUGCUAUGACGAACCGAUGUUCAAGGCGACGUUUGACGUGGAGGUUGAAUGUGGCAAGGACUAUAGCGUUCACUCCAACGCAGAAUUGAUGGAGAUUCAGGCGGUAGAUGGGGAUAGGAAGCUGGUGCGAUUCGAACGAACACCACCGAUGGCGAGCUACUUGGUCGCGUUCAUCAUUUCGAAGUUUGACGAAGAAGUUCGGGACUUUGAUGGACUGAAGAUCGGUAUGAUUACUCCGCCGAAUGAUCAGCAAGAAGGAGAUUUCGAGUUCGCCUUCCGAGCGACCUGGUUUUCCGUGGAUGGUUUGCAGAACUAUACCGGACAGAAGUAUCCCUUCAGCAAGCUCGAUCAGGUCGGUAUCGAUUACUUCUUCGGUGGUUUGGAGAAUUGGGGUUUGAUUCUGUACAUCACGGACGCUCUAGUGGUGAACUCGCAAGCUGAUGAUUGGGACAAAGUCGAGUCGGUAAGGCUAAUCGCCCAUGAGGUGGCUCAUCAAUUUUUCGGGAACCUUGUGGGGCUGACUUGGUGGGAACAUUUGUGGUUAAAGGAAGGAUUCGCCACGUUCAUGUCGUUCAAAUUGACCAGAGAGUUCCUUCCCGAAGCAUGGAUUCUGAUCAACCAUCAAAACUUUAUCGACAGAUGGGAUGCCCUUCAUUUCGAUGCUGGUCCAAUGACAUAUCCAAUGUCAAACUACGUUGAAAGUCCUGAAGCGAUCGGGGUGCACUAUACGGCAGAGAUAGUGUACAAUAAGGCAGCCAGCGUCAUACGAAUGAUGGAAGCUGCGCUGGGAGAGGAAGUAUUCAAAGCUGGAGUUCAGGACUAUAUUGCGAAUGAUCGCUUCGGAACAGCGGAUCCGUACAAGCUGUACCUAAGUCUUCACAGAUUUGCUGAACACAUGCUACCGCUGGAAGCUCACGUUGCUGAGAUUUUCCAUUCUUGGGCAACUCAAGCCGGUCAUCCGGUUGUCCACGUUGAGAUGAUUGGUGAGUCAAAUUACUAUCGACUAACGCAGCGUAAGUAUUGUGAUACGUGGAACUGCAAUGGAUCCCGUUGGUGGAUACCGAUUUUCUACAGUAGCUAUGAGCUGGGUGAACGGUUUGCAGGUUGGUUCUCAGAUGCUACGGAUGCCAUCACUGUGGUAAUGGAUGGCGAUCUACCGUUGGUGAACAAUGGAGGAUACGGUUUCUAUCGGGUAAGCUACUGCCAACGAGGGUGGGAAGCAAUUAUCAAAAACUGGAACCGUUUGGACGGUAUAGCUCGUGCCAAGCUAAUCGAUGACGCCUUUGCAUUAUUCUGGAAUCAUGGAAACACUUUUGGGCCUUUGAAAGCGAUGCUGCAAUUGCUCAGGACAGAAUCAGAUCCACUUCCGUGGCUUGCAGCGAUGGGCGAUCGCACGCUGGGAAAGCUUCUUCAUAUGGUCAAAGGACGAUCGGAACUUGAACCGAUUGUGCAACAAUUGGCCCGGAACUUGACACUAGAUAUGUUGAAGCUGUUCCGGAACGAUACGCGUAUCGAAAGCCGUCGAGUUCGCCAAAGGGCCUUGGUAUGGGACGAACGUUUGAAAUUGACAAAUGUGCGGGUCGGAAGGACGGAGAUAAGGUUUGAGUUAUGUGCCCAGAUAAUGUCUCCAGAUUUUAUGGUUAAGCUGCGAUGCAAUGCAAAAUUUUUGAUCGAAAUGCUUCAGAACGCUGACUUAGAGAAGUGUUUCAGCGAACCGGAAGAUUUUGAUGAAUUUUUGGAUAAUUUAUUGGAGAACUUUGAGUGUCCGGAAGUGCUUAAUGUGGUGUUGGCAGAGCUGGAAAUGAACAAUCCUGCCUCAGAUCAAUUUGUGGAGAGUUUGUUUGAUAAACUAUACAACCUACAGACCAGCAUCGAUGCUGAUCAGCUGGAUGGAUUCUUAAAAGAAGUCAUCCACUAUAUUUACAAACCGCAUCACCAACAAUUGUAUCGGCAGUUUAUCGAUCGAUUGAAAGUAAUCAGCGAAGAUCAGCGUUCUACUUUGCAUCACUUGCUGGAUUUGCAACAAAGUCGCGUUGAUGACAUUUUGAAAGAGCUUGCGGAAAUUCGAGUUUCUCAUCCGAUGUUAACGAAUUCACAGUAACAUGUGACAAAUUCUUAAAUGUAAAACAAAUACAAAGACAACUUCCAAUUA